AUGUCCGCAUUCCAUGUUCCAUUGAGGGCAUCGCCGACCAUUUCCAACGAAAUGACUAGUCUUCCGCCCACUCCAGGGCAAUGGCAGGAGGCACGCUCUCCAGACGGCCGAACGUACUACUACAACACAGCGACGAAGGAAACAACAUGGAACAAACCUGCGGAAUUGAUGACUCCUGUAGAGAAGGCCCUCGCCGCACAACCCUGGAAAGAAUACUCGACUCCUGAAGGCCGAAAGUACUACUCGAAUUCCGAAACGAAACAAACAGUAUGGGACAUGCCCGCCCAGUAUCGAGAUGCUCUCAAUUCUGUCCAACUCCCUCCUAAACCUGUACAGCAACCACCGGCUUUCGUAGCUGGGGGUACCACUGCUCUUUCAUCCUAUUCCAGCUCCCGUGAGCGCGACGACUACACGUCUUUCGAUUCCAAACCUCGUACCGAUAUGGGGGGAGCGAACGGAAUCGCCCUGCCCUCGAUCACGAAAGAAGUGGUGCCUGACUACUCGAGUUUUGAAGAAGCGGAAACAGCGUUUAUGAAAUUGCUUCGGAGAUCGAACGUGCAGCCUGAUUGGACCUGGGAGCAGACUAUGCGGGCAACCAUCAAAGAUCCUCAAUACCGAGCUUUGAAAGACCCCAAAGAUAGGAAAGCGGCAUUCGAGAAAUAUGCGAUCGAGGUUCGCCAGCAAGAACGGGAAAAAGCCAAAGAAAGAUUGGCUAAGCUACGCACAGAUUUCGGUAACAUGCUGAGGACACAUCCUGAAAUCAAAUACUACAGCCGAUGGAAAACAAUCCGACCAAUCAUCGAGGGCGAGACGGUCUUUCGGUCCACAGACAAUGAAGAUGAGCGUAAGCAACUAUUCGAAGAAUAUAUAAUCGAGCUUAAGAAGCAAAAUCUUGAGCAGGAAGCAGCGGUACGAAAAUCGGCGCUGGACGACCUUGUCGCCAUUCUCAAGGCACUUGAUCUAGAGCCUUACACCCGGUGGUCGCAAGCCCAGGACAUUCUUCAGUCGAACGAGAGAAUCCAAAGUGAUGAGAGAUUCAAGCUUCUGAGUAAGUCAGACGUUUUGACGGCCUUUGAGAAUCAUAUCAAAUCACUCGAAAGAACCUUCAAUGAUGCACGUCAGCAGCAAAAGGCUAGCAAAGUCAGGCGCGAACGACAGAAUCGCGACAGAUUUAUGGAAUUACUUCAAGGCUUGCGCAGCCAAGGCAAAAUCAAAGCGGGCUCCAAAUGGAUGUCAGUGUUACCUGAAAUUGAAGAUGACCCGAGGUAUGUUGCAAUGCUGGGUCAAGCUGGAUCAACGCCAUUGGACUUGUUUUGGGAUAUGGUUGAGGACGAAGAGCGAGCCCUCAGGGGGCGAAGAAAUGAUGUGUAUGAUGUUCUUGAGGACAAACGAUAUGAAGUCACACCGAGGACCUCCUUCGAUGAAUUCUUUGAUGUCAUGCUUACUGAUCGACGCACAGCCGACAUCGACCGUGAUGCCCUGCAACUUAUCUUCCAGCGAUUGCACGAGAAAGUCCUUCGGAGAAGCGAAGAUGAGAAACAUGCUGCAGAUCGUCAUCAGCGCCGAGCCGUGGAUGCGCUGCGUUCCCGUAUCAAGCAUCUCGAACCUCCGGUGCGUAUAACUGACAGCUGGGAGGAUGUUAAGUCCCGAGUGGAAAAAACCGAAGAAUAUCAUGCAGUUGGAAGUGAAGAGCUCAGAAAAUCGGCAUUUGAGAAAGUCGUCAAACGAUUGAAAGAAAAGGAAGAAGAUGCGGAGAAAGAUAGGGAACGAAAGCAUCCUCGACGGGGCGAUGACCGAGAUUAUCGAAAUGGCUAUCGUGCAGAACCGAGACACGGCCGACUCUCCAAAUCACCUGAACACGAUGCCUACGAAGCAGAUCGCCGCAAAGCCAUGGCGGCUCGGGAAAAGCAGUAUCGCAAGACCAGUUCCAUGGGGUUAAGUCCCCCUCCCUCGUACCGUGAUCGUGACCGACGCGAACGAGAUGAGAGGCACGGACGUCUUGAUCGUGAUCGAUCCCCACCCCCUCGACAUCUCGGUACAUACGAGCGUGAGCGGCGCGAGCGUGAAGAGGAGCGGGAACGUCUUUACCGGACACGAGCAGAUCCCCGUGGUAGCAGGGAUGAGUUGAAUUAUGGUGAAGAAUCGAGAAGUGUGACUGGGAGUGAGCGCCGGCGCAGACGCGGCGACGGCAGUGAUGCCGAGAGCGUGGAUAGUGGACACAGAAGCGCGAAGCGGUAUCGCAGGGACCGACGGGGCAGUUCCCGGGAUAAACACAAGAGCAAGACGCCCGAACCACCGAAAAAAGACGUACAAAUGCCUGAGCCGAGUGGUGUCCAUUCCGGAAGCGAAGAAGGGGAGAUUGAAGAGGACUGA